AUGGCCAUUCCACCCAGGACGACGACGCCUGGCGUCUACAGGCAAUAUGGCCAGCAGCAUCCAGUGCAGCGCGUCGGACCAAAUGUUACAGAUGACUAUGAAAGGUGGUAUACUGAGGCGACACCGAGCAAUCGUAUGGUCUUAUCGAUACGCUCCGGCAUAAACUCGGAGAUUGCAUGGGCGCUGGAUAGGCUGUAUCGAUUAUGUGCAAAUGAUCAAUUCAUCUUGAAAACCAUUCCUGGUCUAACAGACGCACUGUUCGAAUGGCCAGAAUGGUAUGCGACAGAGGGAUACCUAGUGGCAGAGCAGUAUCGACUAUUUGCUAUGCCCGAUGCUGAACACAGAAAGCGACGACAUGCCCUAGAAUCCAUAUUUAUCCUCCGCAAUUCGGCCACGAAUGAACCCAAUGCAUUUGAGCUAGCUAACCAUUCUCGAACACUCCCACUACUAUUCAACGCCCUCACCAACCUCGCUCCAAACACGGAUAUGAAUGCUGAAUUUGUUCUCAACGCCAUAGAACUUCUGCAGGCUAUAUCCCUGGGCGUUAUCCUGCCAGAUCCCGCUUCGAACAAGAAAGACCCCCUCCCCACUCUGCUGCAAAUUGCAGGUUACUCAUCGAAUCGCUCCCUUAUCGUCUCAGCUUUGACCCUUUUGGCUCAACUGUUUUCUAACAUACAAAGCACACGUCGCCUGGACUCAAACUCGCCAGCGCUCGCUGCCUCCCUACGUUACUUGCCUUUAUUUGUCGAUCGAGCAUUGGUAGACGCUUCAUUGAACUACCUAUAUGCCCAUCUUUCGCACCCGCCAAUGGUAAAGACUUUUCUGCACCAUCCUCUCAUGCCAAGCACCCUUCGCGUGCUUGUUAGCUUUCUUCUAUCUGAACAGGUAGAAGAGACUGUGAAUCUGGAUAUCAGUGCAGUCACUCGCGCCAUCCCAGCAACAACGGUCGUGAUCCCCGUCCAUGAUCUUACCAAAGAGGAGCUUGAGACCCUAGUUCCCAUGCCUGAACCCCAGCGCUGUUAUGAGUGGAUGAAAAUCAUGUUCGUUUCAACACCAGACGGAGAGCUUACUCAAGUCGAUUUUUGGACUCUCUACAAAGACGCCUUCACACCUUUUGCGGAUCGGCAUCCCGUCCUGGUCGCAUCAGACGUGAUAAAAAACGUCAACGUCGUGUUUCCUCAGGCUCAGGCGAUGGUCCUUCCUGGGCCGCCACAGCGCUUUGUCGUCCGUGGAGUGGACAGGCGUAAAAAUGCAGAAGCUGCUCCUCGUUUCAAGUGCCUGUGGGAGCGCCUUCAGUGUUCAGCUCCGUCAUUUGAGGCCCCCGGCGAGUUGUACGACCACCUCCUUCAACAUUUGGAGUCAUCCGAGAACCCAGAACCGCCAUGUCUCUGGGCCACAUGUCCAUUGCCGUCGACAUCAAAACAACGACUGCGACCCCAUCUCCUCACUCAUCUCUCAAGUUCCCAACCGCCUGCAAAACAUCCUUCCCAGGAUGAUACAAUCACCAUCACUGCUGACGGAGAAUCGUACCCCUUCACAGACCCCACAAAGCGACGGCCCCCUCCUCCAAGGCAAACUAACAUAUCCUAUACCCGACCCCUGCACUUACCUGCGUUGCUCAUUAUCCGUAUCCUCUUCCGCUCGUCAUUCGUCGCCACCACGGACACUGCCCCCCGUGUGGAUGGCGAGCACUUUGGGUUUCCUGGUGUUGUGGAAGACGAUGAGGGCGACGAUGUAGUGGAGGAUAUUGGGGGCGAGCUGGAAGGCGAGCGGAGGGGCCGACGGGCGUUUGUGGGCGUUAGGAGGAUGAUGGAAGACGUGAGGAUGAAAGAUGAGACGUUGAUGAGUUGGAUGGUUGAAAUGGUUUAUGCGGCAUAUGAUGGGCUGCUUAGGUCGUAG